CUAUAGUCUAUACAUGACUGCCACCUACUGGAAUUUUAGAAAAAUUCAACAACAACAAACGAAAGACUGAAGAGAAAAAAGUAGCUAUCACGAAAUUUCAACUAAAAAUCGUUAACGAAAGAGGGUUCUGACCAAAGAUGUUGACGGAGAAGGUCUCGCUUGGGUCAAGCAACUCUCCUGUGGAGCAGUUUGUACUUUUGGCUAAGAGUGCGAAAGGAGCUGGGGCUUGCGAAUUAAUCAAACAAGCUUUGGAGGCUCAAGGAGUUUACGUUUUUGGCGAACUUCUGGAAAUGCCCCACAUCACAGAGCUGGAAAACACGGAGCACUCCAAAUAUCUUAACCUGCUGAAGCUCUUUGCUUAUGGAACAUACAGAGAAUACUUGGCUCAGAAAGCUGACCUGCCCGAGCUGACCCCUGUUCAGCAGAAGAAGCUUAAACACCUCACCCUUGUCACAAUGGCCACAGAGAAAAAGUGCAUACCAUAUACGGACCUCCUUCUUGAGUUGGACAUUAAAAAUGUGCGAGAUCUUGAAGAUCUGAUCAUAGAGGCAAUCUACGCAGACAUUAUCCACGGCAAAUUAGAUCAAAAGGAUAGCCAGCUGGAAGUUGAUUUUGCCAUUGGCAGAGACAUCAGAUUUGAGGAUAUUGGAACAAUCGUGGACACCCUUCAGCAGUGGUGCGACUCUUGCGAGACUGUUUUGAGUUGCAUCGAGACCCAAAUCAACAGAGCCAACACCGAUAAAUCCAAAAGUCUCAAACACAAAGAGGUUAUAGAGCAAGAGGUUGCCAACAUCAAGAAGACUUUGAAAAGCCAGACACAAGACGUGGACGAGGCAAUGGCCACUGACACCCAAAGUGGAUCUUCAGUUCAGGUUGACAAGACAAAGAAGACAGUCAAAGGCAGCCGCCUUAGAGGAAGUGGCAGCAAGUUUUGGCAGAAGUCUUGAAUGUGUGAUGUAAAACAUAAUAAAUUAAGGUUAAAAAUAAAAAUCAUUCUAUUCGU